GUGAAGGGCCACACAUAUACCUAAAAAGGGAGGAUCUUAACCAUACGGGUGCUCACAAAAUUAACAAUGCUAUUGCCCAAGCUUUGCUGGCUAAACGUUUGGGCAAAAAGCGAAUCAUUGCUGAAACUGGGGCUGGUCAACAUGGUGUUGCCACCGCCACUGUGUGUGCAAGGUUUGGUUUGCCCUGCGUUGUUUACAUGGGUGCUCAAGAUAUGGAAAGGCAGGCACUUAAUGUGUUUAGAAUGCGUCUUCUAGGUGCUGAGGUUAGAGGAGUCCAUUCAGGUACUGCAACACUAAAGGAUGCUACCUCAGAGGCUAUAAGGGAUUGGGUGACUAAUGUUGAGACAACCCAUUAUAUCCUGGGAUCUGUUGCUGGGCCACAUCCGUACCCUAUGAUGGUUAGAGACUUCCAUGCUGUGAUUGGUAAAGAAACAAGGAGACAAGCAUUGGAAAAAUGGGGAGGAAAACCAGAUGUAUUGGUUGCUUGUGUUGGUGGAGGUUCAAAUGCCAUGGGACUUUUCCAUGAGUUUGUUGAUGACAAGGAUGUUAGGUUUGUUGGCGUGGAGGCUGCAGGUUUUGGUUUGGAUAGCGGCAAGCAUGCUGCUACUUUGACCAAAGGGGAAGUUGGAGUGCUACAUGGAGCUAUGAGCUAUUUACUGCAGGAUGAUGAUGGGCAAAUAAUCGAGCCUCAUUCUAUCAGUGCAGGCUUGGAUUAUCCUGGUGUUGGACCCGAACACAGUUUCCUGAAAGAUGUUGGGCGUGCUGAAUAUCACAGUGUAACUGAUGAUGAAGCACUGGAAGCUUUCAAGAGAUUGUCUCGACUGGAGGGCAUCAUCCCCGCUCUGGAGACCUCUCAUGCACUGGCUUAUUUGGAGAAGCUGUGUCCAACGCUGCCAAAUGGAGCUAAAGUUGUGGUUAACUGCAGUGGCAGGGGUGAUAAGGAUGUUCAUACUGCAAUCAAGCAUUUGCAGGUUUAAUUUUGAUGAUGGUUGCUGUCAGUUUUUCGUCAUUCAACUCAAUAAAUAAAUGUGUUAUUUCAGAUGUUUUUGGAGUUCCCUGUCUGUAUAAUAAGCUUUGGUUGUUAUAUGUAAGAGAACUAAUGUCCGACAUAAUCUAGUUGGAUGGGGACAUAUAGCAUUAAAUCACCCUCACUGGUGAAUAGCUUGAUAUCCUAAAAACCAAGUUGCGUGUAUUAAUCAACGAUUCACCUAAAA